CUUAAAUACGAGCAAACAUUAUGAAUUUUUAACAAUAUUUUUUUUAAAUUAGUAUUAUUUUGAAUGAAAAAUAUAAAAAAAAUGCCAAUAAAAUAUACUUUUUAAUACCAUCAUAAAUUGAAAAACUAAUUUAGGGACCAAAAUAUGAUUACUAAUAAUCAUACACAUUCUGUGAUCUCCAACCAACCAAUUGGCAACUGACUGAACUAUUAAACAGCUGAUCCUAUCAUUCUCUUUCCGACUUUGUACUUGAAGUAUUUUUUUAUUUAGACAGAAACAUCAUAAGCAAUGACAGUUGAAUAUGUCAUAUCUGGUGUGUUAGGAGGCUACUGCUGUCUGUCGGCCAUCCUCUUUUUCUUUCCAUCUCUCGUUCACAAAAAGAAAGUACAUCUCUUUAAUGCAUUCCAUAUAAGCCACAGGGGAGGUUCUGGGGAAUUUAUAGAAAAUACACUUUCAGCUUUUAGACAUGCAGUAAAGGCUGGCACAGACAUGUUAGAGUUAGACGUUCAGCUGACUAGGGAUGGGCGUGUUGUCGUCUGCCAUGAUUCAGAUCUCACAAAAUUAGGAGAAUCUCCUGCUAUAAUUGCUGACACUAAUUAUAAUGAGUUGCCUUUAUACAAGCCUGUGUUACCUGUGUCCUUUUCACAAGAAAACGUGGUGGAGGCAAAUUCACCAGAAGACCGAAAAAUUCCAGAACUUGAACAAGUGUUCCGAGAAUUCCCGCACAUCCCUAUAAAUAUAGACAUCAAAGUCAACAAUGACGAUUUAAUCUACAAAGUGUCCAGUAUGGUAGAAGAAUAUAAAAGGGAGCACAUUACGGUUUGGGGCAGUUAUUCAGAAGUUGUCAACAAGAAGUUAUACAAAAUGAAACCCACAGUCCCACUGUUCGUAUCAAUGAGAAGAGUCGCAACGAUAGUGGCCAGUUUCUACCUUGGCUUUCUACCAUUCCUGCCAAUCAAGGAAUCCUAUUUUGAAUUGCCUAUGAUUGAUAUAUGCAUCAGAAGAGCAAAAAUACCAAGGAAAACCGUGAUCAGGAAAAUAAUGUUCAGCGUCUUUGAUUUUUUGCUGUUGAAUAGGCUGAUGUUUUAUCAUCUGAGAAGAAGAGGAAUUAGGAUAUUCGUCUGGGUCCUAAACGAGCCGGAAGAUUACGAAUGUUCUCUCACUUACUCGCCAGACGGCAUCAUGACAGAUUACCCCACCAAACUCAGACAGUUCAUUGACAACCGACUACAGCCACAACAGCGUGGCAGUAAGUCUAAUCUAGCGACAAUGAUUCAUGCGACAGCCUCAGCAGCGACGACAAAAUCAACGCAAAAUUUGAUUCCCGAAUCUGAGGAAGUAGUAGAGGCAAUGACAAUUAUGACCAAAGUCGAAAAAAAUUUGAAAAUCUGGAGGGAUUUAAAAAACUUCCCCACCAGCGGCGGAGCCAACAAUCAAAAUGUUUCCGACCUGGUGGAUGGUUUCUUCAAAGAUGUCAGGCUGUCGACUGGCGGAGCUACGACGUCUCUUACAGCUUCAAGUGCAAGUGAUGUAAAUAAGCAGAGUACUGAUGUCAAUGUAGAGACAAGUGGGCAGCAAGUAACUAAUGGUAAAGAAGAUGUCACCACUUCAAAGUCCAGACUGGUUGAUAAGAAGGAUUAAUUGAUUUAUUCAUCGAUUGAAAAUUGAAUAAUUGGUCUUCUAACCGAUUGAUUGCCACAUUGUUUGUAUGAUUGAUUGAUUAGUUAAAUGAUUGAUUGAUUGGUCGCCUGAUUGAUUGGUUGCCUGAUUGAUUGAAGUGAUCUCUAAAAAAAUAUGCAACAACAUUCAAUUCAAUUUUUUUAUUUUACGUAAAAAACGGUGUUUUAUCAUAUAUUAUGCCAUAUUAUGUUAUUUUAAACGACUAGUUUUAGAGCUUUAGAAGUACUUAAAUAUAUCAUCUAUCUUUCUUUCUAUCUCUCUCUAUGUCUCUAUGUCUCUAUCUAACUGUCUUUGCCUGUCUAUCGAUUCAUGCCAGGAUAUGGUAUUAUUUUAGACCUGUUUUUAUAGAAAGAAUAUUCUUUCGUAUCUUCAAUAUUUACAUACGUUCAGUCAUAUAUAUAUAUAUAUAUAUAUAUAUAUAUAUAUAUAAUUUAGUUUGUUUUUUCCUAUAUAUAUAUAUAUAUAUGAAUAUUAUAUAAAUUAUAUAUAUAUAAAAUUUAAUGUUUUUACCUCUCGUCCAGAUAUUUAUAGAAUCUGUUUUCACGCACACACACACACACAUAUGUGUAUAAAUAUAUAUGUGUAUAUAUAUAUGUGUGUGUGUAUGUGAUUUUAUAUUUUUAGUUAUUUGCGUGUGUAUGUGUGUGUGUAAAACCGGUCGAUAAUUAUUUACUGAUUAGAUUUCUACAUUUUUUCGUUAGCUAAAUUUCAUCUGUUACCUCGCAGUGAAUAAAUUAUUUUCGUUUUGGU